GCUUACAUGAAUAAUAGGUUAUAAAAGAUAUAAUUGUUGUAAUGAAUUGUAAUAUAUUAUUGAAAAUAUUAUAAAAAGUACGAUAUAUUGUAUUAAUAACAAAUAUAUAUUGGAUUAAAUAUUGUGCAAAAUGAAUACCAAGCAACAAGUGAUUGAUAAAUUUAACGAGAUAUUGGGUACAGACCUGAAAAAUCUGGGUAAAAUGCAAGAAUUCCAUGAUCAACUGCUGUUAGAAAAACAUCAGAUAGAAGAAUCGUUAACAUUAGCAUCAACAGAUGCACCUUCAAAAAUAAAGGCUGCGGUAUCAAAUGUGGAAAUGAUGAAAGAUAAUAUUGAAGAAUCCAUAGAAGCAGCUCAAGAAUUACAACAAGCAAUUAAGGAAGUUUUAGAGAAAGAUAAUAGAACAUCUGCAUUUGAGAAUGUUAUUAAUGAAAUUGAAAAUCUUGAAAAAAGUUUAGGAUAUUUACAAUUUCUACAAUCUAUUGAGAGUAUAAGUGAUGAAAUUGAAAAUGCUAUGAAUUCUGGAAAUGAAGAAUCAUCUAUGAUCAGUCUUUUUACAAACUUGGUUGAAAUUAAUUGUCAAUUAGAAACAUCUUCUUGUCAUCAUUUAAUCAAUUAUGUUAAAGAAACUGUUCAUUUCUGGCAUAAUCAUUUAAAAGAAAAAUUUUCAAAAGAGUACAUGGAUGUUUUGAAAACAAUAAAAUGGCCUUUUUGUCGUACCAACCAUAAUACUUCAACAACACCAACACCUGAAUCAAUGAAACGAUUUAAAAUUUUAACUGAAUAUUUACUUCAACUACAAAUACCACAAGAAACUGUGACAUCAUCUGUAAAGUCUAGUCUCCUGACAGAUUUUCCACCAGUUUGUCUACCAAUUUCUCUUUUAGUACGUCCAUUACGACAACGAUUUAUAUAUCAUUUUACUGGUAAUAAACAAACGAAUCGACGAGAUAAGCCUGAAUGGUUUUUCACACAAAUUCUAACUUGGAUAAAAGAUCAUGAACAAUGGAUAGAAAAGAAUGUUCAGCCAGUUAUAAAUCUUACUGAAUUUUCAUACAUUAAUGCAAGGGUUGAAUUCAUGAGAGCAUUAGUUCAAUUAGCUGUAGAAAAAUUGCAUUCAGAAUUACCAAUUAUUCAGUAUGACGACGAUCAAUUUGCUCAUCUUGUAGAUGAAGCCUUGGGAUUUGAACGAGAACUCAGAGAAUCUCUUUUAUAUCCAUCAAAUCAACCUGCAGUUAUUGUAGUUUUGACUCAAGCCCAGACCUUUGUCAAGUGGAUUAAUAUGGAAAAGAAAUAUGCCACUGAAAAAAUGGAUUCAAUUUUAAGUGCGCCCACAGCGUGGGAACGCGUGAUUAUAUCUAAACUAGAUGAUUUAAAAGUAACCGAGUCUGCUGAUGCUUUUUUAACGUUAUUAUCAACGAUUACUGAUCGAUAUAAUCAUUUACCUCAACCAGGACACAGAUUACAGUUUUUGGAACUUCAAUUAGAAUUAAUUGAUGAUUAUAGAGUACGAUUACUUCAAUUACUUCAUCAGGAUUGUGAAGAUCCUCUUCGAUCAUCUAUUCCUCGGAUACUCAAUUCUGUGUAUUACGUUUCUAGUGUUUUAAUGGAAUGGGGUGUUACAGUUCAUUUUUUACAACUUCAUUAUUUUAAAAAACAAUGCGAAGCUGCUGAAAAAGCAACAGAUUUGGGUUCAGAAAUUACUGAAAAUUUAACUGAAGAAAGUGGAACUGUGUUUGAUGAUGCAGUAGCUUUAUUGAAAAGAAUGGAAAAAGAAUUACUUGAAGAAUUAAGUAAUUCAGUUGCUUUGGAAGUCAAGGCUAAAAGUAGACCAUAUAGAACGGAUAAAUGGUUUGCAAUGCAAAAUGAAAAUGAUGUUAUAUCUUUAUCAGUGACACCGAGUGGUUGUGUUAUGUUUGAAGAACUUGCUUUACGUCUUCAUACUCUCCAUGAUGCAUUAUCUUUACCUCUAUUUAAUACAGCUUGGCGACUUGUAGCUUCUCAACUAGAUCAAUAUCUUUUUGAAGGAGUUGUUCUUGACAAUCAGUUCAAUGCUGGUGGUGCAGCUCAAUUAAAAUACGAUAUAACAAGAAAUUUAUUCCCAUUAUUUGGACUUUACACUAAAAAACCUGAAUCUUAUUUUCCUUUAUUAAGAGAAUCUUGUAUAUUGUUAAAUAUGUUAUUGGGUUCGGUAAUGUUACUCAUGGAAGUACUACAGAAAGAUUCAGAAGAAACAUCUAAAGUAACUUUAGCAGAUGUAGGAGUGUUUACGUUAUCUCCAUCAUUAGCUACUAUGGUUUUAAAAGCUAGAACUGAUGUGAUAAUGCAAUAAUAAAUAUUAAAAAAAUAAUAAACUUACUGAUGAAAUUUAAA